GUUACGCGAGGAACGAGGAGAGGCGGAGAGAGCCCUCGCUCUCGACCACAAAGUUCGAGACCUCAGCUCACAAAACGGCUCUACUCUCUGCACGUUCUCAGGGACUAUUGGACACUGGAGGCCUUCACAUCAGUGCUCUUCUUCGAAUGGGCACAGCCCAGUUCUGAACCUGUCCAAAAGCGGGGGCGGAUCAGGGGGCGAACACUCGGGCAGCGAAGCGGGCCACACGGGGCCAGAGGACGAUGAAGAUGAUGAGAACGUGAGCGACGCAGAUGAAGAUGACGAGAAGGACCAAGCUGAUCUAAGCGACGCUCCAGACAUAGGCGGGUUGAACAGCGCCCCUGGCAGUGACUCCCAGCAUGCCAUCAACUACUCUACACUUGCUUCGGCGGCGGCAGCUGCAGGGGCGGUCGCGCCUGGUGUUGGGGUCGGUGUGGGGGUGGACCCCAGCAUCUCUUCCACAGAGACGCUCCUGAGGAACAUCCAGGGUCUGCUCAAGGUCGCAGCUGACAACGCGAGACAACAGGAGCGCCAAAUUAACUACGAGAAGACGGAGUUGAAGAUGGAUGUUCUGCGGGAGAGAGAGGUCAAAGAAAGCCUGGAGCGACAACUACUGGACGAGCAGAAGAUACGGGUGCUUUACCAGAAGCGGCUGAAGAAAGAGAGGAAGGCGCGUAGGCGACUCCAGGAUCAACUGGAGCUGGAGAUGAAGAGGCGCUCCCAGCUGGAAGAAGCGCUCAAAGCCAGUGGCGCCUCAGCUGACGCCCUGCGCAUGCUCAAUGCAGAGAGCGGGAGUGAACACAGGGUGUCGAGUGGCGGAGACCAAUCAGAGAGCUCAUAUCCGAGGCAGCAGCCCGCUCAUGUCCCAGAACCACCUAGCGAGAAGCAGUGGAACUACUCCAGUCUAGACCUCAUGGGCUCUGGAGCUGCGUUCUGGCAGAAUUAUUCAGAGUCACUAGCCCAGGAGCUGGAGCUCGAGAGAAAAUCCAGACAGCAGCAACAGCAACAACAACAGCAGGCUGAACGGGACGUCAAAUCGCCCCUGCAAGAGUCACGUGCCGGCUACUACAAGAAUUCAGUACUGUUCACUAGCGCCACUUAGUGGGCAGUACAUCAACGCUUUGUAUAAACGUUCAACGAUCUCAAGUAGAAGAAUGAAACGAGUCAUCGAUAUCUCUACAAGAAUCACAAUAAUCGGCAGUUCUAGUGUAGAUAUUUCAGUGAUAUGCAUGGAGGCCAUCUUGUCCAGUGUUUUUUUUUUCUUUUGUGAUGUGAGAUAGGUUUGCACAUAUUUUCGGAAAAGGGAAAAUACAUAUGUAACACUCAAGAAAAUGUGAUUAAAUUAUAAUAAUAAAAAUCCACGGGCGCAAAAGUGAACUAUAUAAGACCGUCCUAAAGUUCAGUUUUGCUGGGACGAAACGUGUUACGAAUUCACCAAUUACGAAAAAGAUAAAGACACUGAGGAGGAAAUCCGUCGCGUUUUGCUUUAUUGUACAGAUCCUCCACCAUUUUAUGUGUUGUGAAUAUCGUGUUUCUGUCAAGAGGAUUUCACAGACAUUUAUCUAUCGUUAAUUUAUUUAUUAUUCGUUCAUUGAGAGAAGAGAGAAGUUAAUUGAAUCUGGCUUCAAGUUCACUGGAUAGGAUUCUUCAUUUGUGUCUGUGUAUGGUAAAUAGGACAAGAUGAACGCUUGUAACCAUACAUGUGAUUAUUGAACAAAAACAGAAAACAAUUAAGGCUGUUACAUACGAAUAUAAUAUCAAUAUAAUUAAAAUGAAUAACGUUACAGUGUUUCCAAUAAGGAUAUAGAAUGGUAUGAUCUUGUCAGUGUUUAUGAAUUAGAUCAAAAAGUGAAGCAAAUUAACAUUGCUGCAUAGGAACAUUUAUCGUCUUCACAACCAUCUUCCACAACUGAAUUAUUAAUAUUUCAAUUUCGAUUAUUUAUAGAGUGUGUGGUGUCAGCUGGCUACACUACCCCGCUUUUCAAAAAUGAAAGGAAAAGUGUUACUAAGUUCACUUACCCCCGAGUAUGAAAAUAGUCGACAAUUCAUCUGGUAUAAUUUUAAUUAUUAUACAUAAAUUAUUAUAAUUAAAGAAAAGGCUGCUUGCGUGGAAGUGUGGUGGUGAGAUUCAGUUUUUAGCCUACUAUUAAUAUCAUUAUUGUAUUUUAAAAUGUAGAUAUAAUAGACUACAAUUUUAAUGAUUUAAUACCGAAGGAAAUUUUUGUUUAUGCAGUAAAUUAUGACAACUGUGCGAAUCAUAGCAUACGCGUGCAUGGGGGAACUUGUAUUGUGUGUUCUGUUUUUGAGGAAAGAACUAAGAUUUAAAGUAGUCUGUGUCGUUGAAGAAACAAAAUACUGAGAAAGUGGACACUACGAAAAAUAAUUGUCGAGAUAAACACUACAAAAGAACAUAAAUAAUAUAAAUAUUAUAUAUUAUAUGAAGAAGCUUCGUAUUAAUUAUGAAUGGUCGUUAUUAUAUACAACAAUUUAAUGAAAGGAUCUUUGUACGUGUUAGCAUUUCAUAACAAAAAGCUUGGUGCGUGUCUCCCCCCCCCCACUUCUUUUGUGAAAAUGAGCAUGGCCUCCCCCCUCCAAGUGUUGGUGUUGCACAACUCCUCAGUCUAGAGCUAGAACAGUUGUCAGUGUUUAUUAAGGGCGGACACAGCACAGUUUUUAAUUCGCGUGGUUAAACUUGGCAGUUAAAUUUAUUUUAAAAUUUUUUGUAUAUAUAUAAAUAUUUCGUCAUUUUUAAUAAGUACAUAUAUAUAUAUAUAUAACUCUAAAAAGAAAGUAGUGAUAUAUUACUUCUACUAAGAAUUAAUGCAUCAUUGAAGUAAUUCUAAGGAUGUUUACGUUUGCCAAGGCGAGAAAUUAUAUUCUCAGUAAAAUCCAGGCAAAUAAGCUGUUUAGUAAAUAUGAAAUUCCACUUCUUUAAUAAUAGUAACAUAAGAAUUUCUAUCAACAGAUGAAUAUAGCAGUGGUAUACGACAGUGUGCAUGUGUUCGUCCAUUAAAACUGGUGUUCCUUUUGUAUAAAAGAAUGAAAAAAACUCCCAAAAAACACCACUGCGAUGUAUCGGUGUUAGCGUGUAGAAAUAAGAAUUUUUAAUUUUACUUCGCGCUGCCCCCAUUUCAGUGGCGCUAGUAAUAAACACUCGUUACAAGCACUAACAUGAUUUUUGAAAGCAGCCACCAGAAGUCGCCAUCAUUCAGCACACCAGUAUACGGUCUUUUGACAAUCAUAUUCGGAAAACACUUCUCCAAAAAUUCAUUUAGUAUGAAAUUUUACCGGAAUUUUGAACACACUUUCACACAGUGCACAGUGAAAUAGUGAUUCUUUUGCAAGACACUAGAGUCAAUAACAUUUUAGUUGUAUUACAACUGUGAAUCCUUCUUAAGUGUCAUAUAAAGCUAUGAGAAAUUACGUCAAUUUCUUGUAUGGUACUUAACAUUUUUAAGCAUAAUAACAACAUAUUACAUGAUUUUUAUAAUUAAAUGUUUGGGUUAUAAAAUUUCCAACGAUUGUGACUGAAGCUAAUACGUAUUAUUUAUUACUGUAAGUAUUUCCCUUGCACUCUUCGUUAGUCAGAACUCCCUCCCCCAAUUUCUGAGGUACCUGGGAUCGAGGCCUGUACAUUAUUUUGUGUAUGACGUUUGAUGUACAGAAAUUUUGGGACGGAGAUUUCAUGUUAACCGUGUUAGUCGGGCUAACACGGUUAAUAUGACCACUUCUCCCGUCAUCUUAACUUACCUAAUUCGAACAAAUAAGGACUCGGAGUGAACUACAAUGCGAAUUAAGCGCAGAAACGAGUCAUGCUUGUUGACAGAUAAUAAAAACGUAGCUUACUGAUUUUGUGAAACAUUUCAAAGAUUGAAUGACACAGCGUCUCAUAAUUGUAAUUAUAAUGCCCGGUCUUCUACGUAAGACGUACGUUAAUUGAAAUAAUACAGAGAAAUAAACGCGGUUACUACAUGUCAACCUAUGAGUUCGCAAAUACGAAAUCAAUAAACUUUUUAUUUGUGCAACAAAAGCAGAUAGACAAGUGCGAAAACAUUUACGUCUGAAGCAUCCAUAAUAUUUCUAGGAAUAGGAGUAAAAUUUUAUCAACUUCAAAAGGAGCUACAUACAUGGUAUAAUAAAAAUAUCUUAUUAAUAUCAAAAACGGCUUUAUAAAACGUGUCUCAUUUGUUACGCACUUAAAACGAUAUAUCGAAAGUUAAUUUAUGUGUUUAAUGUAAUUCAAGCAAAGUUAUAAAUUAACGCACUGAAACAUGAUUUUAAAUGUACCCUAUUAAAUGCCUGUGUCUCGGUGCGUUUAGGGCCACAAAUGCGAACCGCUGUAUAAUCUUUUUUUUAUUCUGUGUCUGUUAGCAGUGAGUAUAAGAAAAGUCCUGAGGGAUAAUAAUAGAGAAGGCUAAGCCGGUAUCAAAAUAGCUCAAUGUUACCUAAAGCAAAACAACCUUCAAAAACGCUUAAUGUAACAGAAGUCCAGGCGACGUUCAGGAACGCUCAGUUGUAAUGAGAGUCAAAUAACUUCCUAAACCGCUUAAUAUUAUCGUUGUCAUAAAAUUAGUUUGUUGGCCUUUGUAUUCAGCACUUUGUGCUUGCGUAUUUGUAUAUAAUUUUACUCUAAUAAAAUAUUUCUUAGUACCUUACUAGAGUAAUUAAUAUGGCAAUUAAUGAAGCUUCUUAGCAUAUAAUUAAUCGCGUAUUUCUAAUUCUGACUUUUUGAGAGUUAUGAAUUAAUUUUAAACAUGGAACUUUUGUUUGUUGAACGAAAGUUAUUUGUUCAAAAUAACUUGAAGCUGGUGAUUAUUUUUAAAGAUAUACGUACAAGCAAAUAAAUAUAAAUCAAGCAUUUUACAACAUAAAAUCCUGCUAAAAUUAAAGAGAAGGCGAAUAUCUUCCAUAAUUUCUUUAUGAGUUUAACGAUUUGAUUGUUCUAAAAAGUAGCAGUUUUUAGAUGCUGUUGGUAUAAUUAGGAUCAAAUUAAUUAAUUUUAAUUAAACGAUUUUAAGUAUAAUGAAUUUAAAGUCGUUUUAUUAUGUGAAGGUAGGCUUAAUUGAAAUCUGAUUCGUGAAUAAUAUUCCUCAAUGUGGGAUGCAUGGAAAUCUAGUUCAGUUGUUUACGAAACUUUUUGUUUUAUCUUGGCAGACUAGAAGCAGCGAUUAAGUUGACGGUAAAACAUUUUGUGCCAUUUUCACCUCGUUCCCAGGUUCCUGGUUAUACUUGGCCGCUUCACCUCGGUAUUUUGGUAACUGUAUAUUUGUGUGUGCCUUGUAUUGUAGAAACAAAAAGAAUAAGGAAUAAUAACGAAUAUCGAAAAGAAUA